CGAUUAUACUAAGAAUAAUAAUAAUAGUGGGGUUUAAAUUUGGGUUUUGAGCAAAAAUGAACACCUUUAAAACCUCUCAUGUAAUUUCGCUUUUCCAAAAUUUUGACACAUUUAAAACCAGUCAAUAUAUAUAGUAAGAAAUUGUGUUGUGUACCUUUAAAAAUUCCCAAACAUCACCAAUUAAUUUUUAAAAAAAACUUUUUGUUGAAAAAAUGGAGCCUUAUUACAAAUCAAUUAUCCUAAUCGGAGUUACUGUUUGCUGUUAUACAUUCUCCGGCGUCCAAGCCACCGGCCGUUCAGUAGAAGUCCCCGCUUCCUCACCUGACGCUUCGCUCCUCGAACCACCCGUAUCAUCAAUCUCGGCCGUCCCAGCCUCCGCACCAGCCCCCACCUCUGAAGACAUUAGCACCGAAUCUAAUUUAACUCCCACGGCGGCGGUCUCCGCACCCGGAGCAUCCCAAGAAGACAUCGACAUCAACUUCGACUCCGUCACAAACAUAGCAGAUCUAGCUCCUAAAUUUGAACAUAUAAACAAAAUCGAUUUCUCGUCAAUGAAAAUCGACACGACGGCGAAGGAUCUCUGCAAAAACACAGAUUACAACAACGAAUGCAUCGCCGCGAUUCUCCCGGAUCUACAGAAACAAGCCGGAGGAGGAGGAGGAGGAUUUGAGGCUAAGGAUGUGAUGCGAAUGGAAGCUGAAUCUCUGUUUAAAAAAGCGAACGCGACUCUGGAUUACGCGAAACGUGUGGUGGAAGAUAGCAAAACGCCGAUGGCGGUGAAAGAGGCGAUGAGCGUUUGCGUCGAGAAUUACGAUUCGUUGAUGUCAGGUCUUGAAGAAGCGAAGAUGGCGAUGGAGGAGGGAGAUUACGGGAGAUUGGAUUCGGUACUGAGUGCGGCGAUCUCCGAUGUGUCGACUUGUUCUGAUAAUUUCGUGGAUGUUCCUGGUGUUGAUUCGCCGACGGCGUCUCUUGAUGAGCUUAUGAAGAAGCUCUGUAGCAACGUUUUGGCCAUGUCUCAAAAGGUCCAGAACCGUUAGAUCCAUGUCAUCACUGAAUUUUUUUUUGAAUUCAAAAUUUUGAUUAUUAUGUUAUUUAUAUAUCACUUCUUUCGCCAUUUCAUUUAGC